AGACCUCAAGAAAGAAGGUGGAACCUCAAGUAAACGAUAUCCACAAGAAAGGAACUUUUCUUCUACAAUCAGAUGGAACCAUCAUGAAAUCUUUCUCGCCUUUUUAUGUUUCCAUAAUAAUUUUGAAUGCAUGCAUUUGGGGACCAAUAAAAUGUGUAUGAUUUAGAUACUCCCUCACCUAAUAAUACAGAUGUGGGUGUGAAAUAUGUCAAGAUUAAAGUUGAGGUUACAGUACUUAUAUAGUGAA